AUGGGUCUUUUUCCUUUGAAAACCAAAACUUUGGUUGGGGUGGCAGUCCAAUCAAAGGUGAACGACAUUAUAAACUCCGCCGUAAGGGACCAAAACCACAUAAGAGCCUCGAACAAUUGUCUUGAAGUUCUCAAAAGUUCACUAUAUCGGAUCUCUAUUACCACCAAUGACGCUCUCCCACGCGGCAACCUUAAAAGCGUUAGAACUUGGAUAAGCGCUUCUCUUCUUCACCAUACCGACUGCGCGUCAGCUCUCACGAAAGUAAACGACACAAAGUUGGUGACCGAGACACUUUCGCUGGUGGGCUUGUUAAUAAACAUUACGAGAAACGCGCUGAGCCUGUUGUUUUCUUACGAUCAUUUCGGAAACAACACUGCUUCGUGGAUUCCGCUGAGGACCGAGCGUGAUGGGUUUUUGGGGCCAGUGAAGAAGUCUGGAAUUGCGGGGUUUAAAGGCGGGGUUCCAGCAAACUUGGAGGUGGACGUGACGGUGAGUAAGGACGGAAGGAAUCGGUCUUAUAAGAUGGUGCAGGAUGCGGUGAACGCAGCGCCCAACAACACCGUUGAUGGAAAGAGGUUUGUGAUAAGAAUUAAGGCAGGGGUUUAUGAGGAGAUGGUAAGAGUUCUGUUGGAGAAGAAGAAUGUCGUGUUUUUAGGAGAUGGGAUAGGCCACUACUCGAGUGUUUGUCCUAUCAAACACCAUCCCAAGUCCUCUGUGAGUUACAGCAACCAAGACAGCACUGUUCAGGGGUAUUCUCCACAUAAAUGCGGUCAGGGGGUUUGGUGGGGUGCAUUAAAUGUGAUGGCAGUUACCAUCCCUCCAAUCACAUUAGGGCUAACCUCCUCUUUGAAGCUCUUCCUCUACGAUGUGGCCCCCUCCAAGUAA